UAGCGUAAGGUAGGGCGCGUCAUGAAAUUGCACUCAUAGAAAUGGGCAAGCGGAAAAGCAGAUUGUUCUCCGAUUAUUACGAGUUUGCACCUGUCUUGGCCAAGAAUUACGUCUCGAAAAAUCUGAAUCAUAACUCAGAAUGCAGUCAACAAAGAUUCGCUUCACGUCGAACUGAUAUGGGUGAUACCAAAUCAUUCCUUAACCAAUUUUGCCAGAAGAACAAAUGUGAACCCACCUACGAAGUCCGGCCUACCGGCCCAAAACACAGGCAAAGAUUUCUUUGUGAAGUGAGAAUUGAUGGACACAACUAUGUUGGUGUGGGCAACUCUACAAAUAAGAAAGAUGCACAGAGCAAUGCAGCCAAAGAUUUUGUCAACUAUUUGGUACGGCAAGGGCAUGUUCAUGCUAAAGAUCUUCCAAAUGACAUGGGUAUUCCACAAGCUACUACAUCUCAGGGAUCAAUUGAUCAAAAACCAGUAUUUGGGGAAGGCAUGGGUCCUUCUUCACUGGGAGAGGCUUACAGAUCUGUUGAUCAAGAAAAAUCUCAUGGAGCGUUUAGCUAUAUGGAUCGAGCUCAACAGCAACAGCAAAAAGUCGAGGAUGCCGAAGAUUUAGAUGUUAAUGCUCAGAUUCACGGUAACUGGACUAUGGAGAAUGCAAAAUCUAAGCUACAUCAGUUCAUGCAAAUCAAUAAAAUCAACGCCGAUUACAAAUAUACAGUCGUGGGACCCGACCAUAACAAGAGUUUCAUUGCUGAAAUGAGUUUCUUUGUGCAACAAUUGGGUAGAAAUGUGUUUGGUCGGGACACCGCUUCUAAUAAGCAAUCGGCGAGUAAAAGUUGCGCUCUCUCUAUUAUUCGACAACUCUUCCAUUUGGGUGUUAUCGAAGCGUUCCAAGGAACGCUCAAGAAGGAGAACUCCGGCAAAGAAAUGAAACCUUACGAAAUUAAAAUAUCCCCAAAUUUGGUGAAGAAGAUUGAUGAUUGUCUGGCUGAAUUCAAAAUUACACCCGUGCAAAUAACGGAAAGUCCCGAGUCACAAUCGUUAAUAAAUACACAAGUUCUGGAUGACUUUAACGCAGCCAAACCUCAAAGCGCAGGGGUUGUGCAGUGGUCUCCGCCACAACCAAAUUGGAACCCUUGGACUGGCUGUAAUAUAGACGAAGGUUUCCUUGCCACAGCUACUUUAGAAAAUCUAAGUGAUGUUUUAUUAAAUAAAUCUAAAAGUAAUUUGGAGAACAAUACCCAAUUGCAGAUGAGCAUACAUGAACGAAAUCAGUUGCCAGUAUAUAAAUCCAAAUCAAAGUUGAUGGAAGCAAUAAACGAGAAUCCGAUUAUAAUCGUUAAAGGAAACACUGGAUGCGGUAAAACAACACAAGUAUGCCAGUAUAUAUUAGACGAUUACAUAUCUUCUGGACAAGGAGCAUGGUGUAAUAUAGUUAUAACUCAGCCAAGGAGGAUUUCUGCGGUAUCCGUUGCUGAACGCAUUGCUAAUGAACGCUGUGAAGAUAUUGGUGAAACGGUCGGCUAUUCCGUAAGGUUUGAAUCCGUGUUACCAAGAGCUUACGGCUCCAUAAUGUUCUGCACGGUUGGAGUUUUGCUUAAAAGAUUAGAAGCCGGACUACGAGGAGUGAGUCAUGUAAUUGUGGAUGAAAUUCACGAGAGAGACGUAAAUUCUGACUUCAUCAUGGUUGUUUUAAGAGAUAUGGUACAUACAUUUCCUGAUUUAAGAGUCAUUUUGAUGUCAGCCACCAUUGACGUUUCAUUGUUCACUCAAUAUUUUAACAAUUGUCCUAUAAUUGAAAUUGAAGGACGCGUUUUCCCUGUAGAAAGAUAUUUUCUGGAAGAUUGCGUGGAGUUAACCAAUUUUGUACCACCUCCGGAUUCGAGAAAGCGUGGAUUUGGCGAUGAAGAUGAACCAGUGAAUGACGACGAUGGAGAUGAAAAUUUGAAUAAGAUUAUCCCCAGUCAUUACAAAGCUUCGACUAAACUUACUAUGGAAAAUAUGUCCGAAAAGGCUGUGAGCUUCGAACUGAUCGAAGCAAUACUGAAACACAUUAGCGAAUUGAAUAGACCUGGGGCAGUUUUGGUGUUCUUACCUGGAUGGAAUAUCAUUUUCGCAUUGUUGAAACAUUUACAACAACAUCCUAUUUAUGGUUCAAACAAGUACUGCAUUUUACCUUUACAUUCGCAAUUGCCGAGGCAAGACCAAAAGCUGGUGUUCGAUCCGGUGCCAACGAAUAUUACCAAAAUAAUAUUGUCGACUAACAUAGCUGAAUCGUCUAUUACUAUCAAUGAUGUAGUAUUCGUAAUAGAUACGUGUAAAGCUAAAAUGAAGAUGUUUACUUCUCACAACAACAUGACGAGUUACGUGGUAGUCUGGGCAUCGAGAAGUAACCUAGAGCAACGUAAAGGAAGGGCUGGACGUGUUAAACCUGGAGUGUGCUUUCACCUCUGCUCGAAAGCGAGGUUUAUCGAACUCGACGAACAUUUGACUCCAGAAAUGUUCAGAACCCCUUUACAUGAAUUAGCUUUAACUAUUAAACUAUUACGGCUGGGCAAUAUUGGACAUUUCCUCAGCAAAUCCAUCGAGCCUCCUCCACUAGACGCCGUGAUUGAAGCAGAAGUAUUGUUAAGGGAAAUGAAAUGUUUAGACGCCAAUGAUGAAUUAACGCCGUUGGGAAAAAUCUUGGCGAAGAUGCCCAUAGAACCGAGAUUAGGUAAAAUGAUGGUGCUGGGUUGCAUUUUUAUGUGCGGUGGACCACUGGCCACGAUGGCGGCAAAUUCAUCAACGUUUCCAGACAUCUUUACGAUGGAUGCCCGUCAGAAAAGACUUGGUUACCACCAAAAAGCUUUAUCCGGAGAUCGAAAUUCUGACCAUGUAGCAAUGCUCACAGCAUUUGAAUUAUGGGAGAAAGCGAGGCUACGUGGUGAAGAAGCUGAAAAUAACUUUUGCGAGUUCAAAGGUGUCAGCAUGUCCACUAUGCGCAUUACUUGGGAGGCAAAGCACCAAUUGCAAGAAAUUCUCUUAUCGUGCGGCUUCCCCGAGGAAACCAUGGCACCAUUCCAGAUGGAAACUGCAGGAUUAGAUGAAAAUUUGGAUAUGGUAAUGGCUCUAUUGUGCAGUGGUUUAUAUCCGAAUGUAGCGUAUCAUAAAGAGAAGAGGAAAGUGUUAACCACAGAAAGCAAAGCAGCAUUAAUUCACAAGACAUCCGUUAACUGCAGCAAUAUGGAGCAGACUUUCCUCUAUCCGUUCUUUGUGUUUGGAGAAAAGAUCAGAACACGCGCAGUCUCCUGUAAGCAAAUGUCGAUGGUUUCACCAAUACAUUUACUACUGUUUGGAUCAAGAAAAGUUGACUGGGUGGAAGGGGUAGUGAGAUUAGAUAAUUGGAUAAAUUUCAAUAUGGACGCACAAGUGGCAGCAAAGAUAGUUGCGCUCCGUCCAGCUCUGGAAUGUUUGGUGAUCCGAGCCUCCAGAGAACCCGCGGAAGUUUUAGAAAAGGACCAAAGAGAUUGCACAGUUCUAAAAGUCAUAAGGGAACUUUGUGCGAUACACGCUGGUAGUUACAAUAUCGAAAGACUGAAUUCUAUCGAUUGCGGAUUGAGAGGUAAACCUAGAGGUCAUUCGUUGUGCGGUUUCUCUGGACCGCCUCCAAAGUUUCGAAGAGGUACAGGUUACCAUAAUGAUAGAAACGAUUGGAAUGGCAGACCGAAUAAUGAAUACCGCGGUCGCGGAUUCAGAUCAUUCAGGGGCAACAGUUAUUCUCAUAGGGGAGAUUACGGUAGCAACGGUUGGAGAGGUGGACGAGGAGGACGUAAUUUCCGUGGCGGUUUCUACCGCGGUAGUAGGCGUGGAUAUAUAGGUUGACGAAUAAUUCAGUAAAUAAUAAAUAUUCAGCUUGUUUAUUCUC